AUGUCUGGCGAAAGCUUGAGACUCUGCGGAGCCCGGAUCAGACACUACUUGCUCGAGAAAGUCCGGGUGUGUGAGCAGCAGGAAGGAGAGCGAAAUUAUCAUAUCUUUUAUGAAGCCUGUGCAGCCGCUGCAAAGCUCGGCAGUAGCAAGGCCUACAGAUACCCGCAACUCUUGGCGAAAGAGAAGGUGGUAGAAGAGAUGGACAUCGAUUUGGAAGGUUUUGAGGAGCUCUCGAACUUCGCGUUUUUGACACGAUCGAGCUGCAAAACACUGAAGGACGUUGACGACGUGGAGAUGUUCGAGCGUCGCAUCCAUGCCAUGCAAACGAUUGGCAUCAAGAAGGAGGAUCUCUCGGAGAUUUUCCACAUGAUCGCCGCGGUCUUGAAUCUGGGGAACUCCAAGUUCGACGCACCUCCAAACAACAGCGAGGGAUCAAUGAUCAUGGCAGAAUGUGCGAGCAAUCUAGCUGCUGCCGAGAAGUUGCUGGGCAUCCAGAGCGGGGAUUUGGAGAAAGCGCUCUGCCACCAGACACGCAUCACACGGUCGGAGAAGAUCCGCAGCCCCGUCAACGUUCGGCAGGCAGCAGACAACCGGGAUGCACUGGCGAAGGCUUUGUAUGGAAUCGUGUUCAACUUCAUCGUCCACAGCACAAACCUGUCUAUCGGUUACAUCAACGACGUCAAGCUAUUCGUAGGAGUUUUGGACAUCUUCGGAUUCGAGUGCUUUAAGAUGAACUCGUUUGAACAGCUGUGCAUCAAUUUCACCAACGAGAGGCUGCAGCAAUUCUUCAAUUCCUUCGUCUUCAAGUUAGAAGAGCAACUGUACGAGCGCGAGAACAUUCCAUGGGAUGCUCUGGAUUUCCCAGACAAUCAGGACUCCGUAGACUUGCUGGCGGGAAAAGGAACGGGUGUUUUCGCCAUGUUGGAUGAAGAGUGCCUCGUGCCAAAUGGGUCCGAUCAAGGGCCGCGUUUCUGUUCAAGCCAGCGCUGCCAAGGUGACUUCGCCCGGACAUGGGGCGCAAGGGUCGUGACUCUUCGGAGAGCUCGGAGAGCGAUCGCCGUGCCAAGGAGAAGAAGACGCGGAAAGAUGACAAACGAAAGGAUUUGCCUUGCUGCUGCUUGUCUUGUUGGGCAAUGCAAAGCAUCCUCGCAGGAGCGUGGUCGCAGCCGCGGUCGCAGCAAAGAGAGGCGCAAGGAACGUUCGGCCGAGCGGAAGCCACCCCCAAAGCGUGGCCGCUCUGAGUCGGAGGAUUCAGAGUCAAAGUCGUCAGAUGACGAGGAGGAAAUGAAGGAGUUCUUGCUCAGCACGGACAUGCCCGAGGAAGCAGCGUGCCAGUGCUUGCAUCCGUCUCUGGAUCAGAUGUUGUCAAAGAUGAUGGGGUUCAGUGCCUUUGAUAGCUCCAAAGGCAGAGACCACAGCACCAGCGACCUCAGCGAUGUCAAGCGGGCCACAAAGCGCCAGUACCGUCAGUACAUGAACCGUCGUGGUGGCUUCAAUCGGAAUACGAUACAGUCAAGUCUUGUAGUGGGACGUGACGUCUAUGCGGCGUGGUACAAAGUCAAAAAGGUGCGCGACAGGAGCUGUACAGGGGCUUUCCAUGCCAAUGGCUUCCGCGACAUGCAGCAUGGUCACGGCAUUCUUGCAGAAGUGUUCCAGUGCUGUCGGCAGGCUGGACCUGUCAGCUACUGCACGGAUUCCUUCUUGGACAAGAACCGAGAUCAGCUCAGCAAUGCUGACUCUGCAUGUUGGUUUGAUCCUGCGCAUUUCAUGGCAAAGCGGCCGAGAGUUCUCGCACCAGGGCCUGGGGGAGAGGUCACAGAGGGUUUGCCCCAGGAGUGGGCUUCUUCACAGGGUCGGUCCAAACAGGAGGGUGGUCCAAAGGGUGGUGCCAGACAGGGUCAAAAGCGACGACCGAAGAAGGACAAAGCAAAAGAGGUUGAGAACCAGCUAUUCGAGGGCAAAGACGAGGAGACCUGCUCGCUCGAGAAAGUGAGAAAACAAAUGGACUUUUAUUUCAGCGACUCGAACCUGCGUCGCGACCGUUUCAUGAAGCAGACGCUUGAGAAUGAUAAUGGUUAUUUGGACUUGAAGCUGCUGCUGACAUUCAACCGCAUCAAGGCCUUGGGUGUCAGUGAUAUCGACCAGCUCGUCGAUGCAGCUCGUUCGUCUCAGCUCUUGGAGCUCAAUGCCGAUUGCACUAAAGUGAGGCGAGAUUACAUCAAGUUCCCACCGAAUACACACGAUCCAGUAUGCAGGACGCUCUAUGUGGAAGGUUUGCCAAUAACCUUCGGCAUCCGUGACAUUGAGAAGAUCUUCUCUCGGCACGGGGAGGUGAAGUUUGUACAGAUUCCGCACCACCGUGAAACUGGAGAGCCUCGUGGCUUCUGCCUCAUCGAGUUCGGGUCUGUGAAGGACGCCGAGGCAGCACUUGCUGCCUGCGAUGGUAUUCCAUGGCCCUCGACAUGGCCACAACGUCACGACGGAAAGACCUUGCAGCUGAUGUUCAAAGCCGACUGGCUUCGCGAGCGCCGUGAUUACAAUGCGCUUUACAGAGCCGUCAAAGGCCCAUCGUUCCAGACAACGUUCACUAAGCGAGAAGCCGCGCGCGAGGAUGUGGCUGAGGACUCUGGCAACGCCGAGCCAUCGCAUCCCGUAGACUUGAACCCUGAAGCCACCGAAGCCCCGCAAGCUGGAGCCAGACGAAAGCCACCUGGGUCCGAGAUACCUGGAUGCCUUGUGAGACUGACUGGGUUCUCUGAUGCUGAGAACGUACUUUGCAUCCGUCAAUACGUUGAACAUGCUGUGACAGUUGUCUAUUGUGACUACAUACCCAACACGACAGUUGCCCAUGUUCGGCUACCGUCUCCGGGAGAUUGUGUCAGGCUUCUGGAAGACAUGAAACUUACCAGUCGUUUGCUGGGAUGUCAUCGGCCAACUGCGGAAGUCUUGAGUCCUGAAGAAGAGGAGAAAUAUUGGGUCGAGAGACUCGCCGCCUCUGUUCGAAGCCGGGAGCCGAUUUCCAAAAAGAGCGAUGGUGUCCGAAAGUUGCUUCUGCUUCGCACAAGUUCAGAGCUGGCUUCACAGACACUGCGGGAAGUAAUGCAGACUUUGUCCCAGCUGGGUUCGACGGAAGGAAGGAUCCCCUCGCCGGGGCCCGCUCGUCCCGCCCCCAAGCCCAUUCCAGCUGCCAGGCACUACGCGCACAAGGGACUCCCCGGAAUCCGACUCCGCCCGCCCUGCGUCGCCAAGCUCGUCAAGACACGCCGUGACAUCACCACACUCGGAGCCUGGAAAAGCGGACGGGUUUCCAUGAGGUUGGUUCGAGUUCGCAUCGUCAGCUUUUCAGCUUACGCUGACCUCUUCUCAAACAUGCAGAAGGAUCUGAUCGAGUGCGUCGGCAACAGUUCAAACCAGUUUGUCGCGAAUCUAUUCCGCAAGGACCCCAAAUUUGCGGAGGCUUUCGCCAAGGAGGAGGUCACUAGGUCCGCGCUGCCCGGUUUCGACAUGAAGCGGGUAGCGAACAAGAUCACCAAGUCCUACCUGAUGGACCCUUAUUCCAUGCUCAUGCACUACAAGAGAGCUUUCAAACUCAUGAAACACAUGAAAGCAAACCACGCCAAAGUCUUGAUCCUGGGCAACAAGAACCAGUUUGGCAUCGACUGGAAGGGCCGCUUCGAAGGAAUGGAUUUCGACACCGGAGUUGUGGACGAGAAGACAAUCUCCAGCGCUCCGAAGCACUAUGACAUGAUCUUGUGUCUGGAUCCUGUACUCUACUGCAGGUCACUGUAUCGAAUCAAUGUGCCUGUGAUGAUGUGUGCAACGCCAAGGGAGAUAGCCGAACAUCCGGAGAUAUUGAAUGUUACAGACUACCUGCUUCCAUCCCCUACACGGCGCCAUGAUGCCGCGCUUCGAGAAAUAACAGCUACAGCCGAGCUUGGCAACGCAGCGAAAGAAGAUCAGCCCAAGGGCGGCAAAAAGAAGAAGUAUACUGUGUCGUCAGAGUUCAAGGAGCAGCUCUCCAGCCUGAUGGACGUCGUGGAUCUCACCGAGCCCCACUUUAUCAGAUGCAUCAAGCCGAACCCACAGAACCUGCCAGACCUUUUCGACAGAAAGGCUUUCCAUGGUCUGCUCAACCUAUGGGGCCUUGUUGAUUGUACUUGGCUACUUGGCUUGCAGGGUGUCACCGAGCAGCUGCGCUAUGGUGGUGUCUUGCAAGUUGUCCAAGUCAGCUGGGCUCUGAGUCUCGCGCAAUUGCCUCGUUUGGAAGACAAGGAAGCGUCGCUAUCACAUAGCAUCUGCUGGCUUUUCGAGCUCGUUUGCUUGCUCAGCUCCGACCGUUAA